CGCUUCUCUUUCCUCCCCUCUUCCACAUGUCUUUGUCCAUACUGCCGCGCAUUUCCCGCUCAUUUGCUUCUUCCAUUCCCACCACUCCUGCCCGAGCCCUAUUCCAUUCCGCCAGAAACUCAAAAAAGGCCAGCAACACAGUAAAGAUGCCGCCCAACUCAGCCGCCACAAAAACCGACGACGAGUGGAGGGCCGUCCUGUCGCCCGAGCAGUUCCGUGUGCUCCGCCAAAGGGGCACCGAGCCUGCCUUUGUCGGCAAGUACACCGACACGACGGACCCCGGUGUCUACGCCUGCGCCGCCUGCCACACGCCGCUGUACGAGUCAGCCACGAAGUUUUCGUCGGGCUGUGGCUGGCCCGCCUUCUUCGACGCCAUCCCUGGCGCCAUCGAGCGCAUCGAAGACACGUCGCACGGCGUGGUGCGCACCGAGAUCGUCUGCGCAGCAUGCAAAUCGCACCUCGGCCACGUCUUCAAGGGCGAGCGCUUCAAUACGCCUACUGAUGAGCGCCACUGCGUCAACAGCAUCAGCCUGAGCUUCGGCCCUGACAACGGCUCUGGCCAGAAAUAGAGAGACUCUUAUUCAAAUCCAAAUAGCAAACCUCCAC